CAUGCUGUUCCAUACGCUCUCCUUCCUCCUCCUCGUUGCCGGGGCAGCUGUGAUGUGCGUGUCUGUGACAACGCCGCUCCACAGUUUCCGAGGCUGCGCAGUCCGGGAGUUCUCCUUUGUGGCCUCGAAGCCCGGCUGCAAGGGGCUGCACGUCACCACGGAGGCCUGCUGGGGGCGCUGCCACACCUGGGAGAAGCCCGUCCCCGAGCCGCCGUACGUCCACCGACACCACCGCGUCUGCACCUACAGCCGGACGCGACAGGCGACGGCCCGCCUGCCGGGCUGCCAGCCCAACGUCUCUCCUCUGUACCACUACCCUGUGGCCCUGCACUGCCACUGCACCACCUGCUCCACGCAGGACACCGAGUGUGAGACCUACUGAGGGACCUGUUCUCACUGAACCAAAACUGUUAAAAUGAUAAAAACCUGUUUGUACUCAGAACAGAAGACGCUUUAAUAAAAGAAUGAAACCAUGUAGAACAGGAUCGGUUUGCAAAAAGAAUAUAAAGAAAUACAAGAUCAAGUGUUUCUGUCAUUUCAGGUCAUAAUGUAACUCUUUCAGAGUAAAUCUCAGAAAUAUCAAGCUGCUGGUACUUCUCUUCUUUCUCUAUAUCAGGGCUAUUCAACUGGUGGCCAGCGGGCCACAUCCGACCCACAAGUGAUCAAAGUUCGGCCCCCAAUUGGUUCAUUCAUCUC